UUCAUCUUAACUGUAAUCCAGUCCUGUUACCUUCACCAUCUGCUGCGUUUUGGAAACCAGAGCUAUGAUAUAUUCUGUCCUUGGCCAUUUUGAGUUCAGUUUCUUUCUCAUUUCCUCGUUUACUAAGUUAUGUUUUGGACUAAACUUCAUAAACUUCCACUUUCUGGAUGAAGAUUCAUCUGUUCUACUCCUUAACCCCAAACAUAUUCACCUACUAUGUGGAAAAACUAGCCAAUUUCAGUUCUUCCACCAAUCUGCUCCUGACCACAAGAGCAGUUACUUGUCUCAGCCUUUCCCAUAGCCGCCAUACCUAUCAAAGCAUUUCAGACAUGCAGGGGGAGGAAAUCUAUACCCCUCUUCAGUGGGAUAAUCCAUCACCAAACCACUAUGAAGAACCUCUGUCUUCCAACAAAUGUUCUGGAACAUGGUGUCUUGUGGUGGUGAUUUCAUGGAUUUUCUGCAUGGGCUCAUUAACAGCUUCCAUUUUCUUGGGCAUCAAGUUGUUCCAGGUGUCCACUAUUGCAAUGGAACAGCAAGAAAAACUCAUUCAACAGGACAAAGCAUUGUUAAACUUUACGCAGUGGAAGGGAAAGCAUGACCUUCAGAUGAAAUGCUGCCAAACUCUGAUGCAAAACUCUUCCAGUUCAGCCCGUAACUGCAGCCCUUGUCCAGACAACUGGAUUCAGAAUGGGGAGAGUUGUUACUAUUUCUUUGAAAAGUGGAAGUUUUGGAACCAGGGUAAAGAAGAUUGUUCCAAGGAGGACUCCAGGCUUCUACAAAUAGACAGCAAAGAAGAAAUGGAUUUUAUCACUGACAUCUUAUGGAAGACCAAAAAAGACUCCCAUUACUGGGUGGGACUGUUUCAGGAUGUACUCGGUGGACCUUGGCUUUGGCAAGAUGGCUCCUCUCUGUCCCCUGACCUGGGGUCAAUUCAGAGACUCCAAUCAAUUAAUCAAGACUGUGGAUAUCUCAAGGAAAAGUACCUUUUUUCAGCUAACUGCAGCAGUUGGAAAUAUUUUAUCUGUGAGAAGUAAGCUUUAGGAUCCACUGUUCGAAAGAAAUUGUGCUGGAAGCGACCUCUCCUUCAAACAGGCCAUUGGAAAACCUGCCUCCAAAAGCCAAAGAUCAAGAGCUAAAGUAAACCAAUGUGUGGGCUAUGAAAACUAAUUUAAUUUCGCAUUUACACUUGGAAAUAUUCUUUCAUCCAUUCUAGACUCGCAUUUGCCAUAACUCACCCUUCCAAGAAUAAAAUUGAUUUAGAGGUACCUGAAGAGUUGAGAGCAAACUGAAGGAAAGUCAUUUCCAUUUGUCUCUCUCUUUUUUUUUUUUUUUUCCUGAAGUAGCUGUAAUCUCCGCAUAGAAAUCUGUAAGUUGUUGCAGAGAUGGUGCAGUUCUAGCUGACUAAUAUUUUAAAAUAAAUAAAUAAAUGUGGCCUUUCAAACUCAGAGUCUGUCAGAUCUUUCUUUGAUUUUUCUAAGCUUCUACUAUGUUAUCAAGAUAAUAAAAAGCGAGUGGGAGGACAGAGAUAUAGACUUUGAAACUGGAAGGAAGGCAGGCUUCUAUCUGCAGCCCGUCGGUUGACUCCCUUUUUGGAAUUGCAAAAUUCUAGUGGAGAGGCGAACUACUCCAUUUCACGGAAGUGGAAGAAAUGGUCAGACUGCCAGGAUCAGUUCAUCCUCAGUAAAGGACAGUUUAAGGUUUUCUUCCUUCCUCUUACUGGCCAUCCCCACCACUCAAUAAUCAAAGGGCUCAAGUUCUGAACUCUCAGUUAACACUACAGCAGUCUUAACUUAGGAGUAGAGUAUGUUCGUCCAACAGAUACCCUGCCUCCAGCACUCUAUUAGUUCUAGGGAGCAGAGAGUGAAGACUGCAUCUUCCCUUGAGUUUACCAUAUAAUCAAAGAGAGAAGCAUGCAAACAUAAAUACAACAUUGGGUAAUGUUGGAGGUAUGCCCAGUGCUAUGAGAAUUCAAGGAAGUGUACUCUAACCUAGACAGAUGGCUGCGCUUCCCGUCAUCGAUACACUGUUAAUUAAGCAUCUCUGUAGGAGUUUAUGUCUGUGAUGAAAUACAACGAAUAACACUCUUAACCUAAUGCAUUAAUUGAUAUGCAUAAUCCCUGUUUGGCACAUAUAAUUAAGCCCAAUAGGGAAUUUGAGGAGCACUCUUGUUGUCAUAUAUAAACAACAGGUGGACCGUAAAGAAAAGCUACUUCACCACUGGUUAAUGCAGAGCUGAGAAAAGGCCUUAUCUGCAGCCUACCUGACUUCAACUUCCGGAGUUUGUUCAACAGCAAAACUGUCCUUUGAAGGUCAAAUACGGAGGAGACUUUUAAUUCUAAACUCCCUCUAGAUCUGGUCACGUGGACCUUUACCAAAAUAAUGGAGAAAGCACCAUGUAGUUCUCCAGCUACAUUUUCUCUCCUCUCAUUCCCCAUAUAUAUUUUAUUCCAGAGGGUGAAGAAAAUUGAAGGGUCUAGAAAGACUUGUGUGGAGAUAGAGCCAGGGACUUCCUCAGGGAGGAGGGGCAUUUUUUUAAUAACAAUCAUCACGACACCAAUCAUGAUUAUGCUAAUUACAAAUAUUUCUUGGAAAAAGAUGUGAUGACACUUUGAAUAAAUAUACUAAGAACAUUUCUUUUCAGAAACACAUAUGAUUUUCCAAUUUUUCCUUCCUCAGGCUUUCUCAAAAUAUCAGAACCCAAUUAAGGUGCAUUUUAAAAAUGUAGCUUCCUAGGCUCCAUUCCAGAUGCAUACCAUGAGUUUCAUAGACACAAUUAACUUUGAGAGCCACCAACCUAAGUCAGUGGUUUACAAACUUAAAAAAAAAGUUAUUUGAAUAUUUUCGUCAAAGUAAAGUACACUCUGAAGCCCAUUAGGCAAAUCGCCAAAAAGUGAGAUUUCUAAGAUUAGAAAGGGGUGGAGUUUCCUUGGUCCACUCACCAACGUUGGCCCAUCAACUAUGGCCCUGAAGAGGCUCCACAGAUAGGUCCUUCGAUCACUAGAAGAAGCUACUGGGAACACCCAGCGUUUUGGAAACCUAGGGUUAAGUGUUGAUUCUUUUCUGAUUUCUUAGACGAUAUUUGUGCAGUAAUUAAGAGCACAAACUCUCAUAACAGACAUUAUGGGUUCAAAUAUUAGUUCUGCUACUUACAACAUGAUUUUGGCAGGUUAUUAAUCUCUCUGUACCUCAAUUUCUUUGCUGUAAAAUAAUUAGAGUUCUUACCUCAAAAUGUAAUUUGAGGAUUAAAGCACUAAUACUUGUAAAUUGCUGAGAGUGCUGUCUUGUACAGCGUGAGUGCUGUAUCAGUGCUUGCUAAUUUUAUCUGGAAUAACUCUCCAGUCACCUCUAGGCAUCAAUAUUAUUUGUGCAUUCCAGGUACAAAUGACUGUUUUUCCUGCUCAUGUUAAGUCAUAUUGAGAAGAUAAAAUUUAUAUGUAUUAUUUCACCAACCCUCAGGAGAGAAUAUCUAAACAUUAAUGAAUUAAAUAAAUCUAUAUUCUGUAGAAAAUCUCUGCACCAGGUUUGUGGUCUACUUGAAGCAUAGACUUUCUUGUUCCCAAGAGACAGUGUAUACAAAAGUACCUUGUGAACUAUGUUGUUGUUGCUAGUUGCUGUCAAGUAGAUCCUGAUUGUCUUAGUUAUCUAGUGCUGCUCUAACAGAAAUACCACAAG